CUCCACCUAGUUUCUUCUUACAAACAAAAUCCAUCUCCAUCUCUAUCUUAACUAGUUCCUUUCUCUCUCUGUACUCACUGCCCCCCAUUUCUCGGCCCUUGCCCUGCCCUAGGGUUUCUUUGCCUUCCACUUCUCUGUCAACAAACCUUAACCCCUUACAAAACCUUUCUUAAUCCGUAUACAUUUCACAAAAAAAUAGAAAAAAAUCAGUACUUGACUACCGACUAAAACCAAGCAAUUCAUGGCCAAAACCAAACCUGGCAAAAAAGACCUUGAUUCCUACACUAUCAAAGGCACCAACAAAGUUGUUAGACCUGGUGAUUGUGUGUUGAUGCGCCCAUCGGACACCGAUAAGCUUCCAUACGUGGCACUUGUAGAGAAAAUCGAGGCAGAUCAUAGAAACAACGUUAAAGUUCGUGUACGGUGGUACUACCGGCCGGAGGAAUCCAUUGGGGGACGCCGUCAAUUCCACGGAGCCAAAGAGUUAUUCUUGUCAGACCACCAUGAUAUGCAAAGUGCACACACAAUCGAAGGCAAGUGCACAGUGCACUCCUUCAAGAACUAUAGUAAGCUUGAGAAUGUUGGAGCUGAGGAUUACUUUUGUAGGUUCGAGUACAAGGCUUCCACCGGUGGGUUCACUCCUGAUCGUGUAGCUGUGUACUGUAAGUGCGAGAUGCCAUACAAUCCAGACGAUCUCAUGGUGCAAUGCGAGGGAUGCAAAGAUUGGUUUCAUCCAUCUUGUAUGGGUAUGACAAUUGAAGAAGCCAAAAAAUUGGAUCACUUUCUAUGCUCUGACUGCUCAUCUGAAGAUGAUGCGAAGAGAUCUAUGAAUGUAUUCCCAGUAUCUCCGUCCCUUGAAGCUAAGGUAAGAAGGUGGAGACAAAACGUAGGAAGAGGUGACUGAAGUUGUGGUGCUUAACAAAGGGUUAGUAAACGUUCUUGCAUUAGCUCCACCAUCGUUGUCGUCCUUGUUGUUAUGCUAUGGAAUUGUGCUUGCACAAACUAGAGGCUUUCUAUUAAUUAUCGUGUUCAAGUGUCUGUAUGUGUGAAUGAGCUUCGGAGAUGAUUUUGUGAUCAUUGAUGUCCUUGCGAGUCUCCACCCAUAAAAAAAGGUGCUUCAUCUUAAGAACCUAGCACGACAGUGAACUGAAAAUUUAGAGAACAUUUAGGUUUUCUUGUGAUUUUCUGCAACUCUUGUCAUGAUAGCAUUGUUGUUCUUUGUUCCUUUCCUUUUAUUAGUAAAGGGAAGAUAAAAAUAGAUAAGAUUGGAGCUGAGCAAGAGCUUUGAUGGAAUCUCCUCUCUGAAGCAAAUCACAAGAGGGUGUACUGUUCUUUUUAUAGGUUUUGUAGAGGUUUCCAUUGUCUAAUUUGGAAUGAUAUGUUCCACAUACUUCAUCUUUGCUGAUCUGAAAACAUUGAGGUGAAAUACCUGUAGCUUUCAACAAGCCAAGGAAAAGGGGGAGAGUUUAUAUUAUCAGCUGGAAAAGUUUCCUAAACUAUUUAUUGGGAAAGCUUACAUCUCUGGGAA